UGCGCUGCCGCGAUCCCCGCUGCCCGCGUCCUCGCUACCCAUACCGCUCAAUAUUCCCAGAUAUACAUUUAUCAUUAAACCCAUUUUCAAAUAAUCCUUUUUGUGAUUCAAAACAAUCUCACUAGAUUACAGCUCGCUUUGUGCAGUGAUCUUAAAAUUAAUGGGUCAAUAGUAUGACAAGAGUCUUUUACCGAGAUUACGUACUUACAUCACUGGCAUCAUUAUUUCGGCGGGAAAUAUUUCACGUCUAUUAAACCAAGUAAAUUGUAAUGUUUGCAGUGUUUUUUCAGUGACGAGAAGUGCAAAAUCAAAGAUUGUAAUGAUUAAUAAAGUAAAUAACAGUUUUAAUUUUUAAACAUGGGCAAACGAUAGAUAUGGAGAAAUCCGUGCAAGUGCGAGCUUCAAAUAAGUGUUCAUGUUGGUUUUGUUUUGUGCCGCCAUGGAGAUUUUCAGACUUAUCAGAAGAGAAGUUAUACUUGGCAUAUACUCAAUGUCAACGCCAAUGUGCCGUUCUGAGGCUACUCGUCACCGGAAUAUUGUUCCAGAUCUUCGCCGCCUUUGUACCCGGAGAACGCGACCUUCAUUUUGCUUAUGCCUCUGUAGCAAUAUCCCUAAUAGUGAAUUUGUCCCUGGCGACGGUUUAUGCAUUCGUUCAUCGCGCAAGAUCAACAUUAAACCAUGUGGCCUGGUUGGUUUUAUGGACUCAGCUCUUAGUGAGUUCCUCGCGGCGCCUUGGAGAUUCUUACAACGAAUUACUAGGCUGGGCUGUCGUGUUGCAAUACUUCACACUAGCAACGCUACCUUUCCAUUAUAUGUUUCUAAUACUCUAUAGCACAUUAUCUUUCGUCGCUUAUUUAUUGGUCCAGUACUACAAUGCAUCUACUGCUGAAAGCAGGCUUGCCGAUGACUUUUACUUGCAGCAAAUAGCUAACGGUUGCCUCUUAUUAGGAGCAACAUUUUUGGGAGGAACGGCUUAUACAGUUAAUGAAAAGCAGCAACGUAGUUCCUUUCAAGAGACGAAACGAAGUUUACGGGAUAAAUUGACUAUAGAACAACAAAGUAAGGAACAGGAAAGGCUAUUGUUAUCAGUACUUCCCGAACACGUUGCUGUACAGAUGCGUCAAGAUUUAGGCUUAAUAGAUACCCAAUUUAAAAAGAUUUAUAUGUCAAGGCAUGAAAAUGUGAGCAUUCUAUAUGCAGACAUAGUGGGGUUCACGGCUAUUUCGUCUACAUAUUCGGCACAAGAUUUAGUAGCCAUAUUAAAUGAACUGUUCGCAAGAUUCGACCGGCUUGCAGAGAAAUAUCAACAGCUACGAAUAAAAAUACUCGGCGACUGUUAUUACUGUAUCAGCGGCGCGCCUGUGGAGAGAGCGGAUCAUGCGGUCCUAUGCGUCCACAUGGGGCUUUCCAUGGUUAAAGCUAUUAAAUAUGUCCAACAAACGACUAAUUCACCAGUGGACAUGCGUGUCGGUAUUCACACUGGAGCGGUAUUGGCAGGAGUGCUCGGACAGAGGCAAUGGCAAUUUGAUGUCUAUUCCCGGGAUGUUGAGUUGGCAAAUAAGAUGGAGAGCAGUGGAAUGGCCGGUCGUGUACACGUUUCGGAAGUGACGUUGGGUUUCCUGAACAAUGAAUUCGAAGUCGAACCAGCCCACGGGGAGCGGCGGGAGGAAAUGCUACGGCAGGCAGGCAUCAAGACCUACUUCAUUGUCCGUGUGCUAAAGCCCUACCAGGGUGGCGAAGAGAAAAAUGCAUCGGAUGGUGAGGCGGCGGAGGGAGGGGAUUCGUCCGACGCGCUUUCCGACCUCAAAGACGACGACGAGGACUCUGUUCUAUCACCGCAAGAUGAGAGCAAGGACAAUGAGGAUGUGAAAAUACUCGCUAUGUUAGAAGAAGAGCUCGUCAAUAGAGACGACGACAAGGAACUAGCGGAUGCGACGACAGUUUGUCUCACGUUCAAAGCAAGCGAUGCGGAAGCAGUUUACGCUCGGCGGAGCGACCCGUGCCCUUUGACGGUAGCCGCACCCCCACUUAUGCUGCUGCCAGCAGUUGUAGCGCUGGCCAGCUUCGCCGUGCCGCCCUCCUGGUCCCUUCACGCGGUGUACCUCGCGCUUGUGGUAGAGACCGGCCUAAUCAAUGUCGUGUACUACGCGUUCUACCGAUAUGCUCAGUAUAAGAAGAAAAUAAUGUCCCCAUACUGGAAAUUGACUUGUGGUACCUUUAACAUAGCAAUGUUUGUCGCUGCAAAUAUUGCUCCUCUGAUAAUUUGCGGUAACUUCGAGACAUUACUAACUGAAGAUGGCAUUAAGGACGAUACCCCUAUUCAUGGUGGAGCGAGACGAUGUAUUCAUCCUUCUUAUUAUUAUCAUGUAGGUGCGGGGGCGGCCUGCGGUGCCUUGUGGGUAUCCCCGCUGGGCGGGUGCGCACGCGCCGCCCUGCUGGCUGCGUUGGCCGCUGCGCACGCCGUGCCCGCUGUCCUGUAUCCUGCUCUACUCACCUCCCGACCAACGCUCGACCGCGAUCCCUUCCGCCUACCGUAUAAUGCUACAAUGGACUUUGAUGAGGAUCUAUUCUACGCUCUGUCUCAAAUCCACACCGGCCGCCACAUUCUGAUGCUUUUCAUGAUAGCUAUAGUUGUGCUCCUGUACAACAGAUACAUCGAGGCGCUGGAGCGCGCGCGGCAUUCUCGCGGUGAGCGCAUGCGCGCGCAGGCGGAACAGGCGAGUGACCUGCGACGAAGAAACCAAGCCCUCGUGCACAACGUGCUACCGCCGCACGUGGCAAGGCAUUUCAUGGGCGCGCGCCAUCACCACCGCGACCUUUACAGCCAGAGCUACGCUGAAGUGGGCGUCCUGUUCGCCUCUAUGCCCAACUUUACAGAGUUUUACUCGGAAGAGACGGUUAACAAUCAAGGCCUAGAAUGUUUACGAUUUCUCAACGAAGUUAUAUCGGACUUCGAUCUCCUAUUAGAGGACCCCAAAUUCAGUAAGGACAUUAUAAAAAUAAAAACGAUAAGCUCUACAUAUAUGGCGGCAUCAGGCCUAAAUCCCACACGACAGAUGCAGCCAUCAGACGGUGUUUUAGUGCGCUGGGCCCAUUUGGCUUGCCUUGUGGAAUUCGCAUUGGAGUUGCAAAGAGUACUCGCUGCCAUCAACGAGCAGUCAUUUAACCACUUUGUGCUGCGAAUGGGAGUCAACCACGGUCCCAUCACGGCCGGUGUGAUUGGAGCUCGCAAACCGCACUAUGAUAUAUGGGGGAAUACAGUCAAUGUUGCAUCACGUAUGGAAAGCACAGGCAAAGCUGGCUGUAUACAGGUAACAGAAGAAACUUGUCAGAUCCUUCAAAACUUCGGAUAUUACUUCGAGCAGAGGGGUCUUGUGGCUGUCAAGGGAAAGGGGCAGUUAAUGACAUAUUAUUUGCAGGGUAAACGUGAAAAUAUUGGCGAACCGACAGUCGCAUUAGCUGUCGAUGAGAACUGCGCUGACAAUACGAGGGAUACAUUGUUAGCGAACGGAGACGCUCCAGUUGCUUCGCGCUCUUCACAGCAACACACUGAUGGAGACGUAGAUCAUCCACUUCUCUCAUCAAAUUAAAAACACAAAAUGAAUAAUAAAAAAGCAAUUUUAUAGUUGCAUGUAUAAAAAUCCAUGAUGCUGUUCUAUUUAAAUCUUUCAACAUUAUGUUUGCUUACUUAUUAUGUAAUUAGUAAACGUUUUAAAUAUCUAGUUAACUGAGGUUUAAGUAUCUACAGUAAAGAACGAAGCGAUGUAAAUCUUUCAGCCCUCUAAUUUUAUAGUUUUACUGAUAUUAGAAAAUGAAACUGGGUCUGUAUAUCUGUUUGUAAUUUGCGAAACAACGAUAGCAUAGCUAGAAGACGUUGUCCAUACAGACAGUCUUAGGGUUUUCUAUUAUGAAUUUUUUGGCUGGUAUAUUUUUUUUAUUUAGACUCGAAUAUCAUGAUAAACCGUUGGUCUCGGCUAUUAUAGCUGUAAAAUAUCAAUUGUUAAAGCCCAUAAAUCCGCAUUGGAACAGCGUGGAUGGUCCAAGCUCUUUAUCUCUUUAGUGGGGCAAUAAUUGGCUUAAGACGAUGAUCAUAGUCAUAGUAUCAGGCAAUAGUAGGUUUAUUCUUGUUUAAAUUACAAGCUUAAUUAAAGGUAUCUAUU